AUGUCGCUCGCACGCGCGUCGUCUCUGAGCGCCCAAACGUCCGCGCGCGCGCACACGGGACGUAAAAAUCGCACACAAAACUAUCCGUCCCGAAGCGAUCGUUCAGUCACUCGCAUCACCCCGCGCGGGUCGCUCGCGCGGGCGCUCGCGGCGGACGGCAUCGACGUCCGAGAGUACUUCUCGCCGUCGAAGAUCAAUCUCUUCCUGAGAAUCACCGCUCGAAGACCGGAUGGGUUCCACGAGUUGGCGUCGCUGUUCCACGUCGUCGACCUGGGCGACGGGAUGAAGUUUGCAAAGUCGUCGAGCGAGACGAAGGACACGCUGAUCUGUUCGGACGCGAGCAUACCGACGGACGAGAGUAAUUUAGUGAUCAAGGCGUUGAAUCUGUUCAGAAAGAAGACGGGGAUCGAGCAGUACUUUUGGGUGGAGCUGGAUAAGAGAGUGCCGCACGGCGCGGGUUUGGGCGGCGGAAGCGGAAACGCGGCGACGACGCUCUUCGCCGCGAACGAGCUCUGUGGGAACCCGGCGAGUGAGGCGGAGUUGUUGGAGUGGAGUGGGGAGAUUGGGAGUGAUAUCUCGGUGUUCUUUUCCAACGGUGCGGCGUAUUGCACGGGGAGAGGGGAAAUCGUGGACAACGUCGAGCCGCCGUUGGAUCUCGGGACGAAGAUGCUCUUGGUGAAACCGCCGAUGGGAUGUUCAACGCCAGCGGUGUUCAAAGCCUUGGACCUCGACUCACGAUCGACCGCGGAUCCGCUGGAACUGUUGAAGCGAAUCGGGAGCGAUGGGUGCUCGGAAGCGGUGUGCAUUAACGAUCUCGAAGCGCCCGCGUUCAAGGUUCUCCCGGAGCUCGCCGAGUUAAAGGCGGAGCUCACCGAGGCGACCAAGGACAAGGGAACGGUGGUGUUCAUGUCAGGAAGCGGGAGCACUAUCGUGAUCAUCGGUGACGAUGACGUUCCCGCGUUCGUCGCCGCGGACGAGACGUUGUUCAAGGCGCCGACGCGAUUGAUCACGAGGAAGAGCGGUGAGUGGUACGCGCCGACGCUCGAGCGAAAGUGA